CAAUCGAUCCUAGUUUGCCGGCCAUGGCAUCUGAUCCGCCCGAUGCGGCGAUGGCGGAGCCCGUCGCCGCGACCAAGAGCUCGUCGAGCUUCGUGAUUGCCGCUCUCAAGCGGGAGAUGGAAGCGGGGAACGCGUCAGGCGCAGGGUGUACCGCUAUCCAUCGCCUAGCCGUGGCCCUGCAGGCAGCUCUGGUCGAUGCGGGCUUCCUCGCCGCAAACCCGCCGGGAUCUCGCCUCGGAUUGUUCAAGAACUCUGUCUCUGGUGCUUCGACAACACUGACCGCCAAAUACACCCUACCGGAGUUCGUUGCCAUGUUACCCGAGGCUGCUGAAGAGGGGAACACAGUGGUGUUGAACUACUCAUUGAUGCCGAAUUUCGUGAUGAUAUACGCGUGUGUGCCCGGGGCACAGUCACAGGUACUUCGGCUCUGCCUGGAGUUGCCAAAGCUGGCGCCGUUGCUAUACCUCGACAGCAGCGAUGCAGUGGGUGCAGCUGAGGAGAAGGAGAUUCUUGAGCUGUGGAGGGUGCUGAAGGACGAGCUGUGUCUUCCGCUGAUGAUAUCUCUGUGCCAGCUGAACGGGCUGCCCUUGCCGCCGUGCUUGAUGGCGUUGCCGGAUGAACUGAAGGAUAAGGUCUUGGAGCUUCUUCCUGGGGUGGAUCUUGCAAAGGUUCAGUGCACAUGCAAGGAACUGAAGGAUCUUGCAGCAGAUAAUGAUCUUUGGGAGAGGAAGUUUGCGCUGGAGUUGAAUACGCUUGGUGACGGUUCUAGAUGGGGCAGGAAUUGGAAGAAGUGGUUUGAGGUAGCUUGGACUCGGAAGGUGGCCAACAGUAGAAGGCAGCGCAAGAGACCCAGAACAAGUUCUAUGGACUAUGGCUGGGGGAACUUUCCUCCUAGUCCACUUUACGUCCUGGAAGUUGAUGAUCCUUUGGGCUUUCCAGAUUGCAGUGGAUUGUAUAUGGACUAUGCCUGGGGGAACAGUCCUCCUAGCGUACCUAACUUCUUGACAAUUGAUGAUGAUUCGGACCGUCUGCCAAUUGCAACUUCCUGGGUGUAG